AUGUCGGUUGACAACGGUCAAUGCCUUCUUGGAAACGGAGUGAAACAGAAUGGGUCAUCGGCACUUGGAGCCGGGGUUUACCACCAAAAGAAGAUUAUCCGUACCUACAACAUACAAACCACGUGGGACGGGCAACCAAUUAACCACGACCCCAUCAAGAUCACCGUGGGGCCAGUUGAAUCCACCGGUCACGUGAUGUUGUCAGCUUCCGGUCCCUUUUUCAACGACUCAGAGAGGCCCCCAAAUUCUACAGUCGGUGAACCAUAUUAUGGUCUUUGGAAUUACGAAGCGGUGGAGGUGUUCUUUCUGAAUGACGAAAACCACUUGUUGAAUACGAUCCUCUCACCGUACGGUGUGCACCUUUUACUGCUCAGUAACGAAAAGGACCAACUGCCUAUGAACUACACUGCAACGAUCUCGGGACCCAUGUGGCACGGCGUGGCUCAUAUUCCCGGCGAGUAUUUCCCGCCAAAAGUAUCCAGGUUUAACGCAUACGGCACGCACGGUUCAGACCAAGAACGGAAAUACGAAUCCUUGUAUCCAGUACCAGCCGGAAAAUACACAGACCCAAUCUACAACAGGCUGGACUACUUCAAGCUGAUUGACUUCAAGGAUAUAGUCCCCGAUAACUGGAGCCAAGACUACACCUCCUCAGAGUGGAAUUGA